UCUAUAUUUAUUGUUUUCAAAAAGCUCAUCAAAUCAUUAUUCUAAACACAUUUUAAGAAAUAAUUUAAACAAUUUUCUCAUCGAUGAUCAGUCGGAGUCGCAGUACUGAACUCAACCGCCCGGCAAUCGCAGUCGGAACUUUCCGUCGACGCCGAAACAGUUAAAAAUCCAUUCAGGUUGUGUAAGGUUCCUGGACUUUACUUUCUUCCACAAUGGCUAACAAAUCUAAAGAAGAACCUAACACUGCUCCUAAACCUGAUACGUGGUACAAUCUCACACUAGGACCUUCUUUCAAAGAUGAUUCUGCUAACAAAUACUGCACUCUCCGAUAUGAAUUUAAGCCAGCUUCAGUUGAUAAGACUAAGCCAGGAAUGCUACGCAAGAGCAAAGAGAAUAGGGUCUCUGUCGAAUUUCAGAACAACCAAAUAGGAAAACCCAAGGUCACAUUUGAGGGAAAUAGCGAGGAAUACAAGGAAAAUGAUGCUGUCUUGUUCUUUGAUGGUCAGACACUUCGAUUGGAGCGGCUUGAUAGGGCUGUAAAGCAACUGCGCCACCUUCGAAUGCCUGGUGAGUCUUCAGCUGCUGCGUCUGGAACUGUUACUGCUCCAUCUGGACCAGCUUUGGAUCCUUGGUCACCCCCCAUUGGGAAGAACACAAAACCAGCAUAUUUUGGCAGUGCCAGGAGCUCGAAUCAAGCUGUUGCGGUUGAAGUGGAACGUAUUGAUAUUGGUGAACCUGAAAAUACUGGCAUCAAGUCUGAUUCUAAGAGGUCAUAUGAUCAACUAAAUGAACCGCCCACUGUUUCUGCUGCCUCACCCGCUGCCAUAGAUGAAGUUGGGGAACAUAGAGAUAUAGACAUUGAUGACCUUUUUGGAAGUGGAACACCUGAGGAUGACAAUAAUGUUGAAGAAAAGGAUAAUGUUGGAUUUGACAUGAAUGUUCCCAUCACUGAUGAUGAGAUCGCUGAUGUGGAUGAUAGUGGUGACGAGGUGGACAAAGGACCCAAUGCCGCCGAAGCUCUCAGAGCCCAAGUGAAUGCAGAGGGGAAGGGUGAAGAAACAUCUACUUCUAGCAGUAGCAGUGACAGUGGAAGCAGCAGUGAUAGUGGUAGUGGGAGCAGCAGCAGCAGUGAUAGUGGAGGCAGCGAUGACGACUCAGUUACCUCAAUAUAAAAUUGCACAACUAUGAUUUUUUCUUUCUUUUCCUUUUAUCAGUUAUCAUUGCAACUAAUCCAAUAUAUAGAAUGUGUUUAUUAAGCCCGGGCGAGAAGAAUGUAGAUUCUAAAAGGUUAUUAAUGAUGUGGAAUAUUUGAUAUUUUGUGUUGUCUUUGAUUUUACUUUGUGAUCAUCAUUGAAACAUGAUAAGCAAAUUUGAAGGUUAUAUCAUCUUCAUUAUAAA